AUGUCUGGAACUGGCAACGUCGGUAACUCUGGUGUCUACGAGGCUGGUGACCAGAGAACCUACAAGGAUUCUGAGAUUGCCGAGCAGAAGCAGGAGGCCCGCUUCCACGAGGGCAAGGAGCACUCUCAUCAGGCCAACGACUCCAGUAAGAAGGACCACCUGCCGAUNGACGAGCGCACCAUCGCCAACAAGCUUGCCCGUGAGGAGAAGCGCGAGAACGAGGACGAGCAGGAGUCCCUCCAGACCCAGCAGCUCAAGAAGGACGCCACCCUUCCCCCCAGCAAGGGCGCCAAGAUCGACCAGGAGCUCGCUGAGGAGGACGCUGCCGCCCUCAAGGGCAAGGGCUCGUUCGGUCCCCAGUAA